AUGAUAAAAUCAGCCCUAAAUGUACAAGCUCAUGAUGAAGUACAAUUAACUGGUGUUAAACCAGCAACGACGGAUUUGCAAAUAAUUGAUGCAGCAUAUGAUUUUUGUCGGAGAUUAAAGGCGCGGAAUUUGUUCUUCAAGAAAUCUCAGAUGGAAAGCAUUAGAGAUCGAAAAUGUGUGCAGAGUGGAGAGCUGAUGACAAAUCUAGAAUCUCAAAAUACAGAUGGGAUAGGAUCUGAUAUCAAUGAACUUGUUAAGGGAUGUGUAUAUCCAGUUUAUUCAAAAUCUGGUCGGCGUUAUAUCGUUAAAGUUUCUCCUGGAGGUGGUUUGGAAGCAUCAUUGCUUCUUCAGGCUAAGAAGCUAAAAGAAAGUAAUACACAGGAGGAUGUAUGCUUGCCAGUUUUUCUUGAUCAUUACUAUCAUCAUAUGUCAAGUACCAACUUCUUCAUACUUGAAUUCUGUGAAUAUGGCUCGUUGGAGAAGUUACUUGGAGAUAAUGGCGUAGUACCCAUACAUAAGCAACAUAUCGCGAAAAUUUUACAUGGAGUUACUACAGCAAUUUACUUUCUGCACUCACAGUGUAUUUAUCAUGGAACAAUUUGUACGGCUAAUAUCUUGAUUGAUCAUCAUAUGGUAGGUCGUUUGACCGGUCUUACAGGUGCACAGGAAGUUACUGAAAAUAUGAACAAAAAUAGACAAUUACCUAUGUAUGCUGCACCAGAAUCUGUUCGUCCUGAAGCUGAAUCAUUGCCGCAAGAUAUGUUUGCAAUGGGUGUAGUAUUAUAUCGAUGCAUCAUUGGUCGCAUGCCAAAAAGAAAACCGAAUGGAACGAUUGAUUAUCAUGGGGUAAAAUCAUCAAUCACACUACCAGUAGAUUCAAAAAUGUGGCAUACUACACAACUUUUAAUGUCCGAACGCUUAGAUAUGCGACUGACUGCUGGUCAGUUACUCCAUACCGAUUGGAUUGAAACUGCAGCUAAUACUCCGAUCACACAAAUUUUUAGUUGGAAUAAUUGA